AUGGGCAAGAAGUGGACUCCGGGGUCGACGCCCACCUACAGCUCGUUCAGCGUCGUCUCGAACCAGCAGCAGGACGAGUCUCCGUGGGCUGCGGAUGAGCACCAGCGGUUCCUGCAGGCGCUGGAGCAGUUCGGAGGCGGCCAAUGCGUCAGUCUCAUGCAGGCGUGGCAGUCCAUCACUACGGCAGUCGGCACUCGGGACAUCGCGCAGGUCGUGUUCCACGCGCGUCUGUACUUCGCUCAGCUGCAGCAGCUCAACGUCCAGAAGCGCCAGGAGCGGCAGUUCAUGCAGAGCGUGGACCAGCGCUGGACGCCCGACGAGGACGCGGCGUUCGAGAACAUGCUGGCGGCCUUCAGCACGUCCUCGGUGUGCUAUCCGUGGGAGCUCAUGGCGUCUCGACUGCCAGGCAAGAGCCCCGUGGACCUGAAAGAGCGCUACCAGAAGCUCUGCUACGACGUCGCGCGGAUCGAGAGCGGGCAGCAUGUGACCAUGCACUUCGGUCAGUUCCCGCGCCAUUCUGGUCUUCCGCUGUCCACGAAGGCCGCAGCUAUUGGAGAGAGCGGGCGGUUGGCGUCGCAAAUGACGUCGCCUCGGGUACUCGACAGCGUCGUGACGCUGACCCCAGCCGAAGAGCAGAUCCUGGUGAACGCCAUGGCGGAAGUCUUCGUGCCGCCUGAAGCGCCCGCAGACUUGCUGGCAGGCAUCGCGUCGGCCGUGGCGGCGUUCACGAGCUCGAACGGGAGACUACCGCCGCAACGCACCCAACCUUUGUUUGCUAAGGAGCAGGCGCUGGAAGUACUCAACGGUUUACUGGCAGCCCAGCAGUCGGAUCCUCAGGUGGUGCUGGAGACGUUGGCUGUG